UACAUUGUACAACACUGGCUUUGGCCUGACAAAGCGCAUGUGCAACCAAGUUCACGUUUCAGAAAACUUACUUCCUUUUUAACCUUUUUUUUUUGGAUAAUGAUGUCGAGCAAUUUUAAUCUGCGGUCGAAGGUGCUGAUGCAUCCUUUGGUACUUUUUCAAAUUAUCGACGCUUACGAGCGCCGCCCCAGGGAUGCCAAUCAGGUAAUGGGCACUUUGCUGGGCCGCAACGACGGCAAGGAUGGGCUCGUCGAGAUCACCAAUUGCUUCACGAUGCUGCACAAGGAAUAUCCGGAUAUGGGUCGCAUCGAUCUGGACCUUUCGUAUGCCACCGAAAUCCUGGAACUAAAUAUGCUAGCCUAUCCGCAAGAGCGUGUGGUGGGAUGGUUCUCCACCGGGAAAUCGGUUUCCCGAUCCGCUGUCCAGUUGCACGAAUAUUAUUCCAGGGAGUGCGGUGAAGGGCAGCCGCUACAUUUGCUCGUGGAUGCAACCCUGAAAAGCCAGCGACUUUCGACGCGACUGUACUGCGCCGUCGAAAUGGGAGUGCCCGGCGGCACCAAAGGCCUGAUGUUCUCGUUGGUGCCCCUGGAGAUGACCAGCGGGAAUGACGAAGCGGUGGCCCUGCGCCUGAUGGAGAAGCAAUCGCUGCAGCCGGCAACCAAGAAGUUGGGACGCAUUCUACCCGAGUUGGUCCAAGUGGUGGAUGAAACACGUGACUUGCAACAGCGUCUCGAUUUGGUGCUGCACUACAUCAACGAUGUAUUGGCCAGGAAGAGAAAACCGGACAAUGUUGUGGGGCGGGCUCUUCACGACGCCCUCACCUCAGUCCCAUUGCUGGAUUCCGAGAGCUUUCGACUGAUGUUCAAUGCCAACUUGCGGGACAUGCUCAUGUCCAUUACGCUCUCCAUGAUGGUCAAGACCCAGCUUCAGCUUAGCGAAAAGCUGUCCAGCAUGCAAGAUCAAUAGAUUUUAACAUCCCCUUACCCGAACCUUGGUUAAUAAAACGCCGCUUUUACGGGGGAACCCCGGAUUAGUAAGUGCAGCUUUAAUCUCGACUUUGGCUUGUAUUAACAGGUCAAGCCUUAUAAAUAGUUUUAUUUGAAUAAAAAUCUACAAGGAAAGCUAA